CCACACCGCACCGCCUCGUCGGCUCCUGCUGGCCAGGAAAGCCAGGGCGCGUGCGUGCCUUCACGUUCGGGUUAACUCUUUCGCGGCGGCGCGGCGCUGAAGCUGCUCGCCGCCUCUUCGCUCCAGUGGCGCAGACAGACAGGCAAGCAAGCGAGCGGGGCAAAGCCAUCCAUCAGCUGGCCACGAUGCCUCCCCUCGUCGCUGCUUGGCGGCUCCUGGUCGCCGCGGUGGGAAUGGCCGCGUUCGUCGACCCUCUCCAUGCCGAAAGAGCCUCGACGGGGGCGCCUUUCGCUCGGGAUGUCUUGACAGCCUUCGGAGGCAACCGGAGUCUCUCGGCCGGGCAGGUCAACCAAAUGCUGCAGAAGCUGGGAGCCGCGCAUAGGCUGGCGAACUCGCUGGGCGGAUGGCUGGACCUGCUGCGCUAUAACCAGUGCCUGUCUGCUGAGGACAUCUUUUCACUCCAUGGAAUGUCAAACAGCAGCAAGAUCACUGAGUCGGGCUUCUCCACAAUAUGUCCUGCUAUUGUGCAACAACUGAUUUUCCAUCCUUGUGAAAAAUCCUUGCCCAGAAGCAAUUCCAAACCAUCAAGCACUGAAGUCUGGGGCUUUGGUUUCUUAGCUGUGACUAUUAUCAACUUUGCUGCACUUCUUGGAUUGUUUUUAACUCCUCUCUUAAAGAAGGACUAUUUCCCAAAGAUUUUAACUUACUUUGUUGGCUUGGCCAUUGGAACCCUCUUUUCUAAUGCAAUUUUUCAGCUCAUUCCAGAGGCAUUUGGAUUCGAUCCAAAAGUAGAUAACUACGUUGAAAAAGCAGUAGCUAUUUUUGGUGGAUUCUACAUCCUCUUCUUUGUGGAAAGAGUUCUUAAAAUGAUACUGAAGACCUAUAGUCAAAUAGGUAACAAACACUUUGAACCUGAAGAACUGAAACCUCCGGAAAGUCUUCCUCCUGUAGAAUCAUUCAAGCCCAUUAAUGGAUCCGUGUGCUAUGCCAACCCAGCUGUUGCUGAGGUUAAUGGGACUCUGAGUUUCGAUAAUGUGAGCGUGAUCUCUGGACAGAAGGAAGAAACCCAAAACAGCUCAUGCAAAUGUUUCAACGGACCUUCCUUGUCAGAGAUUGGUACCAUUGCUUGGAUGAUCACCCUCAGUGAUGCGCUGCAUAACUUCAUUGAUGGAUUAGCCAUUGGUGCUUCCUUUACACUGUCCCUGCUUCAGGGAAUCAGCACAUCCAUAGCAAUCUUGUGUGAAGAGUUUCCUCAUGAAUUGGGGGAUUUUGUCAUCCUCCUUAAUGCUGGAAUGAGCACACGGCAGGCUUUGUUUUUCAAUUUUCUGUCUGCAUGUUCUUGCUAUAUUGGACUUGCUUUUGGCAUCGUAGUGGGCAAUAACUUUGCUCCGAACAUCAUCUUCGCAAUAGCUGGAGGCAUGUUCCUAUACAUUUCCCUGGCAGAUAUGUUCCCAGAGAUGAAUGAUAUGUUGAGAGAGAAAGUAACUGGAAGGAAAACGGAUCUUGCCUUUUUCCUGAUCCAAAAUGCUGGCUUGCUCACAGGGUUUACUGCAAUAUUGCUGAUCACUCUGUAUGCAGGAAACAUUGAACUGGAGUAAUGUGAUAAUGAAGAUGUUGGUGAAGACCCUUAAGUAAAUUAAAAAUGGAAGAACUCUUGAACUCCAUAAAGGGACUGGGAAGUCAUAAAGGAUUUGAUGCAACACCUAUUUUCAUCAGCCAUUUGAAUCAAAACAUUGAUUUUAAGGAUUGUGAAAUCAGUUAUAAUUCAGUUUCCAUCAACUUCUGUGAAUUAGUAUAAUAAUUUUUGCCUCGUUCCAGUGACAACUGAAAGGCAAGCAUGCAGGGAGAAUCUUUGCCUGAAAACGACACCAUCCAUUGGAAGUUGCGCAUCUGUUUCAACUGGAUGGAGACCUUGUAUUUUUAAUUGAGAAAUAACCCAUGAUGCCUGUAUCAUUGUGCACUACUCCAGCCUGAACCUGAUGUAGUUCACUUCCUUCCUGUUGGAAUCAAUGGGGAGUGGGGAAGAAAACUUACCUUCUGCAAAGAGAGGGGGUGGAGAAGGAAAAAUGGAGUGGGCAGAGUUUCCUCAGCCCUUGAAGUAGGUCCCACUGAUGUCAGUAAGACCUCUGAGAUGACAUACACAGAAUUUGCACAGUAAACCUUAUUUGUUUUAUCCUGAAUCACACUGAGUAUGCGUCUACUACUCAAUGCCAGUUACAAAGUAUACAAUAUCCUCUGUCUCGGGGGAUGUCAGGAGAACAAGGAGGUCUUUGGAUCCUUACAGUUUGGAUCCUUUCCAAAAACACCUCCUUUCUCUCCUCUUUGACAAGAGCUAUGCUGUCAAAGGACCAUCAGAUGUGUCUAUUUCCUCUGCAGUCUCAUGGAGAAGGCUUGCAACAUUGGACCAUUCCUUUCCAAAGGUGGACUGCUCUCUCCCUUCUGAGAGAGAAAUCAGAAUCUUACAGCCACUGGAAGACAGGACUGCAGCUUUAGCUGUCAGGGUCAUUUUCUCCUCUUCCUCCUUCCAUUGCUACAAUGACAAUGACUACUACAGAACCUCAUUGUAACUGUGCUAGGAGUUUCAAAAUAGGUUUAAGUUUUUCCCUUUAGGGGAAAUAAAUUUAAAAAUUUUAACUUGUUUCAGCAAGUUUGCCUAAAUGAUGCAAGGGUUCCAAUUACUAAUUAACACUGGAUUAAUUAUACCACUUACAGCUUUUGAUCUUUCUCUUUCAAGGGAUCUGUGGGCGUAUUAUGAGGACUGGAUUUUUUUUAAUAAGUGAAAAAUCUGAUGCUAAAAUUUCAAAAGUUUAUUGAUAUGCAUAAUGCUUAAAAGACCCUUGACUUCUAAAAAGAAGGACAAAAAUUUUCAAACAUAUUAGUAUCACAGUCACUAUUCAAAGCUUCUGCUUUGAUUUUUGUUGCCAGAGUAGAUCUUAAUCGAAUGACAAUGACACACAAUCUCUCUUUGCUGCAGUUGAACUUUAGAAAAUGUCCUAUGGCACACGUCAUACGAAUGGCUGGAACUGGAAUAGUAAUGAUAGUUAAUUGACUAUUAUCUCUAAAUGUGCCCUAUUGGGUGUGGAAAUUCUCAAGUGUGCCCUUAACUCCCUCUCCCAUAGUAAUCAUGCAUUAACUUCACAGGGGAGUGCUAACUGAAUGUGAGACAUCACACAUGUAAAAGUUCAGAGUGGCUGUUCAGCUUGGACAAACAGCCUGGAUUGGGGACAUGAAUUGAGGUUGUCAGUUCGAUAUGCAUGGAAACCAAUCAGGCAGAAUAAAAAGGAAUCCCAAAUGCCUAAAGGGAACAUUUUUGUUGCACGAUCUGUUUUGGAAAAUGAUUUUCCUUUAUUGGGGCUGCAAUGAAAAUUAAAAUGUAUGGCAUUGGUAUUAUUUACUAUUACUCCAAAACAUUUAAGAACAAAUAAAUUCUGUGUAGUUAUGCAAAUUCCACAUCUGGUGGAACUCUUUAAAAGAACAAUUAUUGCAGUGUUUAUGUAGAUUUUAUGACCAAAUAUAUUUAAGUUCUAUUUGAGUUCCAGCUCUUGUAUUGAUAAAACUAACACAGGUAUGCAUUGGGCAACAAUACAUGUUUUUUGUAGGCUCUUAAGAGCCCAUUUUAUUCUCUUUCUUAUUAGUUUUGGUUUUAUAGACAUGCCCUCCCUUCUUGUGUUUUCAUCAACUCAGUAUGCAACCUUUCUGUCAGUCCAUGUAUGAAGCUAAUAUUUUCUUUGGCUGGAAACGGCUCUCUGGUGUCCCCAGUUGUAUCUUUACUAGCCCUAGACCUGGAAAUCCUUUAAUUAAGGGCAUUGGAGUUGGACUCUGAACAAGUGCAAAGCUCGUACUGUACCAUAUUGCCUUGCAGAUAAUAUGUGCCCAGUUUAAGACACAGGUAAAUUCAAGCAAGAAGAAUACUAUGUAUUCUUGCAUUAAUUUCUACAUACCGUAUUCUAUAUGUUGAUGGAUAGGAAUCUUGAGUAUAAUUUAGCUUAAACUAAUUUUAUUUACUUGCACUCCAAUACCUGUGUCUGUGGGUUUUCCCAAUCACUACAUGUGGGUGUGAAAGCUGGACAGUGAAGAAAGCUGAUGGGAAGAAAAUAGAUGU